CACACACUCACACACACACUCAGUCAGCGGCAUGUCGGCCUAUAUCCUGGGUGUGGACGUGGGGACCACCUCGGUGAAAGCGGUGUUACUGGAGACUGACUCCAGAGCGGUGGCUGCGAGUCACACUGUCCCAACUACGUCUGAUAUCACUGACAGCAGCGGGAGCAAGGCUAAGGAGCAGGACACAGGUCGGAUCGUAGACGCUGUGAAUCGGUGCAUCGGGCUCCUGCCCAGUGACAAACUGCAGCAUGUGUGCAGCAUCGGUCUGUCCGGACAGAUGCACGGCGUCUUAUUCUGGAAGGCAAAGAGCGGUUGUGAUUGGUCCAACAGAGACUCCUUCACAGUCAGAGACACCAGUCAGCUGAUCACCUGGCAGGACGGACGCUGCAGCAGCAGCUUCCUGUCCUCUCUCCCUAAACCAGACUCCCAUCUCAGCGUGGCCACAGGGUUUGGCUGUGCAACCAUCUUCUGGUACAUGAAACACAGGCCUGAGUUCCUCGAGGACUUCACAGCUGCAGGAACCAUCCAGGACUACGUGGUGUCCAUGCUCUGUGGUCUGGACGGGUGUGUGAUGACGCCUCAGAACGCAGCCAGCUGGGGAUUCUUCAACACUUCCUCCAACCAGUGGAACGUAGACAUUCUAAAGGGUGCCGGCUUCCCUCUGACCCUGCUUCCUCAGUGUGUGCCAUCUGGUGUCUUGGCGGGACUGACUCCCUGUGACUGGCAUGGUGUUCCUGCUGGUACGCCAGUGGGGGCUGCGCUGGGAGACUUCCAGUGCUCUGUCUACUCCUGUAUGAGUGCACUUACAGACGCAGUUCUUAACAUAAGCACCUCAGCACAGCUGACCUUCGCCAUGCCCGCUGACUUCCGUCCUCCAGAUUCUCCUCAGCCCGCCUCCUCCAUCUCCUACUUCCCCUACUUUGACUCCUCGUACCUGGCGGUGGCGGCGUCGCUGAACGGAGGGAACGUGCUGGCGUCUUUUGUGGAGAUGCUCACCGCCUGGAUGAAAGAGCUCAAUGCUGAGCUGACUGAUUCAUGUUUAUAUGAGAAGCUGAUCGGCUGCGCCCUGAACCAGGAGAGCAGCGAUCUGAGGGUGAGCCCCACUAUCCUGGGAGAGAGACACAGCCCCCUCUGCCUCGGUCAGGUCACCAACAUCUCCGCCGAUAACCUCUCCCUUGGCCACGUGACCAGGGCGCUGUGUCGCGGGGUACUGGACAACCUCACCUCCAUGAUGCCAGUCGAGCGUCUGCAGCAGGCGGGGGUCAGCAGGAUUGUGGGUAGCGGGAGCGCGCUCACUCGCAACGAGGUGCUGAGGCAGGAAGUGGAGAAGGCGUUUCAUCAGCCGGUGGUGUACAGACAGAACGCAGACUCCGCUGUCGGUGUGGCCAUGGUCCUCUGUGACCGACUCUAAAUGAGACCUAGAAUCCACAGGGGAAACCUCCCCUGUAUGUUUACAUGAUUAACUGAUGAUUUUGCACACCUCCGAGUUCGGUAUCAUAUGGUAUCACUUUGAAAGAAGGAAGAAUCAAGCAAACAAAAAAUGCUGCAACAUUUUGUAAUCUGUAAUCUUAAAACAAAAGCUACAGCAUAUUUGCCAGGAUAGGGAUCAAAAACCUUGUGUGACUCAUGAUGUGCCGUGAGGUUGUGAAACCUUUCGGACCAAAGGACAGAAUGUAUGACAUGGUUCACAUUUUAGCCCAAACUAGCAGCCACAUUUAAAUUCACUGUCCCCGAAGAGCAAUACAUUGACCAUCUGUGGGUCGCAGUUGUGUUUGAUAGUGUUUUUUCCCCCCAGCCAAAAUCAAUAUGGCAUCGUACAUGUGACGCUUCAAAAUAAAUCCACUGAUUGGUUGAUUUCGGGACUGACGGGAACCAUGUGAGGGCAAAUACAUUGCAUCAACACAAUAUGCUGUGAAAGACUUGGGUCAAACUUCUGCUUUGUUCUUCACUGUAAGGUCUUCAACAUGUUACACACAAGAAUCCAGAUCAGUGUCCAUAUAUCUGAAAUGAAAGUUCCUACUGAUAUGGUAAAUAACCUGAAGCCCACUAAGGGGCUCCUGCACCCCUCCUCUUACUACCACGCAGCUUUACAGACUUAGGUUUCUGCACCAGCGCAGAUGUUUCAAGGGUAGAUAGCAACGUGUUUAUGCUCAUUCCCUUUGUGCUGCUAAAAGACAUUAUACAAAGCCCAUGAAUUAUUUCAGCAUCCAACAAUAAAGGAAAUGUGUCUUUCUCAGGUAUGUCGGUCUCUCCCGCCCCCCUCCCCCAUCCUUCCAUUUCGUGGUUUCUGGGUCAGGUUUCUUGACCCUCUCAUCUUUAAGGUCACCCCGACUAUCUGAGGUUGCUGAAGAGAUUUCAUCUAUCGAUCGAUGCAGACUGUGCCUUCAUGUAAACGGGUCUGUACGAGAAAGCAGUAAUGAGAUACCUUACAGGCUGACAUCAUAAUUACAGGCCGGUCCGUUGGAAAAACUUCAAAACCAUGACACAAACAUUACAUAUAUGAGAUGUGAGAAGACUUUUUAUUGAAUUAUCUUUAGUAAUGCAGCACUAGAAACUAGAAUGUAACUAAAGCACUAUAGAAAAAGUAGGAAUACUAUCCAAAUAGUUAAAGAAUAAGGCUAUAAAGUGUCUUUUAAAACCUUUGGUAUUGUCAACAUAUUCACUGGAGUGAGUAUAGGAGCAUCAUCUGUAACGACAUUUAUGCUGUUUUCUGAUGAUGCAAACAUUUUUAUGAAUCAUAUGUUGAAAAAGUAGGGAUUCUGAUGAAAAUCUGAGUUGAAUUGUUUAGCGUGCCUGCAUAAAAAGAAAGGGAGAUGAGACAUCUUGCACAUAUCAAGGUGUAUAUAAACAAAGUGUGCAUUUGUAACUUACUGCACAAAUUAUCAGUGUGUGGACAUCUUUUUUCUAACAAAAAACAGUGUACUUUUUUAAGAUUUAAACAAUUUAAUAUUCAAAAAUUGCCUUGUGCUAUUCUGAGCUGUAGAACAUGAUUGAGAGCCUAAAAACUCUUUGGACAAUUGAUAUUAUUUCACUGCAUCGUUGUCAGCUACUAUUGUGAUGGUUUCAAGUAAAAUAUUAUUACCAGAGUGGACACAUAUUCCUUUGGUUUAAUUAUCAAAGUGCUUCUACUGAGCCAUUAAAACAUCUCUAUCGCUCUUAAACCCUUGACACUUGUUUGAAAACUCUCUCAGUCAGGAUUCAGUGAUGAUGACUGAAUAUACCCAGUGAUCUGAUUGGAUAGUAGUCGGGCAAGUUGAUCUUAUCAUGAUGAAGUUGACCUGUGAGCCGGGCAACAUUGGCCGCCUUUGGUGAAUAGUUAAAGGUGAAUUGGGGUCAUGGUUCUGGAAAACCAGUCAAAUCACAGACUGACACACUGAUGCUUGUGGGUUCCUCAGCUGGUGUUGCUGCAGGUUGGAAGUGCUUCGAUCAAGAGCUGACAAUUAUCAGUUGUAUAUCAGGGUUGGUGGGGUGUCUCCUCCCCCAUUAUCCCUGCUGUGUUCAUUCUGUGAUUAUAUUUUCAUUUUAUUUACUUAAUGCCCUGAUUUUAGGACAAACUUUGGUAUAAAGGAAAACAUUUUUAAAUCCUUAAGUUGCACUUUCUUCUCCUUCUCUUAAUUCUAAGUCUUGAUAUAUGAUUUCAGUUUGAAUUUCUUCUGCUCAUAAUGUGGUCAAUGUUGUAGGUUGAAAUUAAUAUUCUUCAGUUCCACAUUUUGCUUCAGAUGAGGCUAGAUGCAGAUUAUGGCAAACUGUCCUUUCAAACGUAAUAUUUCCAGCAGCCAUGUUCAUAUUUUAUCUUAUAAAAUUAAUUUAUGUACAGAUUUUUCCUGUGUGGAAAACACACAACAUCACUGUUAUAAAUGUUAGUUUGUUUGUUUGUUUACUACUCAGGUAGGAUUUUGUUGAAUCAACUACAGUUGAUAUGGAAAUAUGCUUCUGUUAGUGCUGCUCACGGCUGAAGUGAUGUGAUUAUACAAAUAAAACAGUAUUACUAAUAA